AUGAGUUACGAACGUGUACACACAGUUCUUUGCUUGAGAGUCACCGUGGCUUGCAAACGAGCGAAUCAUCGCAGUUGCUCAGUGUUUGGAUGUACAAAACCUCGAAAAAAAGACAAUGACAUCAGAGACUGCAGCACGCAGCGCGGCGCCACCUCGGAGAGUCUGCGUGUGGACGCCCCUGGCUCCUCACACAUGUCAAGUCACAGCGGGGAGCUGCGCAUCCUGAGCGUUUACAGACAAGGGGAGGGCCCACUGGCGGUGGACGGCCAUUACACCCUCUUUGCCGCGUCAGAACUGGAGGCCUUGAGCUCGCUGUCCACUGACCACAGUGUGGCCAAGAGCCUGAACUGCAGCGUGCGGCUCGUCCGCCUUGAGGAGCUGACUGGGCAUCAGGGCGGCCGCAAGGGCCGGCCCGGUGUCUUGUGUGGAAAGGUUAUUCCCAACAAUGCCAAUAUGAUCGUCCACAUGAUGCCUCACUCCGGGGAGAAGCCCUACAGGUGUGACCAAUGCAUGAAGUGCUUCAGUCUGAAAGGCCACCUGAAUAGACACAUGAUGAAUCACUCUGUGGAGAAGCCCUACAGGUGUGACCAAUGCACGAAGCGCUUCAGUCAUGGCUGCAACCUGAAGAACCACCUGAGGACUCACUCUGGGGAGAAGCCCUACAAGUGUGACCAAUGCACGAUGCGCUUCAGACAGAAAGGCACCCUGAAGAUCCACCUGAGGACUCACUCCGGUGAGAAGCCCUACAGCUGUGACCAAUGCCCGAAGUGCUUCAGUCUGAAAGACCACCUGAAGACCCACCUGAGGACUCACUCCGGCGAGAAGCCCUACAGCUGUGACCUAUGCACGAAGCGCUUCACUCAUGGCUGCAACCUGAAGAUCCACAUGAGGACUCACUCCGGUUAGAAGCCCUGCCUGUUAGUGCAUUGCAACGCCAGCUACAGCGACCCAAGCAAUUUGAGUGUGCACAUGCUCAAGCACACGGGCAAUGGGUUGCUUUCACACAGGGUAACGGGGCGCUUUGAUUGAGACCUCUGUCCGGUAUUUGUGAAAUUACUGCUUUUUAGUUUUUCUUUUCAUCAGGAUUAAAGACUUUCCAGCUUUUGAUUCGCUUUGUUUUGCUUUGUUUUAAUUUUAGUAAAUUAUGCCUGUGAUAAAGAACUAAUUUCUCUGACUCUUCUAACAGCAAAAUAUUAGGAAAUGUUCACAUCGUUGGUAUAUACAAAGGAAACAUGUGAGGGGAGUAUACCACGAACCUCGCUGAACAUACCCAGGCUUUCUUGGGAAAACCUGGUUCGACAGAGACGCAACUCGCAGUCCGAGUUAAAUGGUUCCACGACACUCACUUUCGAUUCAAUUAGUCAAACCAGGUUUUCCGCUUUAGGUUCAAUGCGCGUUCACAUAAAAGGUUUGUUUAUUACGUCAUUCGACUCCCCCUUAUGCAAAGUGAAUCGAGCGUGCGUGGUGUAUUAUGAAUUCCUACGAGGAAUUCAAAGUCCAAAUCACAGCCAAGGGGAACACGGUUGCCCAUAAUAUGGCUAGGGUAGCGUGCUGGCAAAAAAUAGCCGUCCGUGUUAAUUCGUAAGUGAAAAGGUUCUGCAUAUUGUCUAAAAAUAUCAUUUAUCAUCAUGCCUUUUAACCCAUAGAUGUGGUGCCAGCACGCUCCUACGAACAUGGGGCCAAGUCAAAAAUAAAUAUUAAAAUAAUAUUCAACGUGGUAAGUUGUAAGCAGCCAUUUGAAUAAUUUCCGGUGAAUCUAGCCUAUGAUUUGCAAUGGCCUAGGCUCCAACCUUUAGUCUCAUGUUGAUUACCUGCAGCAAAUAAAAAGAAAACGAAAUUUAAUACGACUGGGAGGAGGACCGCUCCCCCGCCCUUCACCACUAGGAGGAGCUGGCUCUCGCCAAUAACGAAGGUCGGCCGAUGAUGGUAGGAGUGGAAGGGGGGGGCGUCCUCUGACCCCACUGCCUCGACUUCCAAGGCGUUUGUAAUGAGUAUGUAAUCAUGUAUUGGCAAUGGACUUCAAUAAUUGUCUUGCUAAUCAAAUGUGAAAUGAUUAAGUGUAAAUUAAUUGUGUCAUUUUUAGUUGAAGGUACAAACAUUAGUUUGGAGGAGCUGCGGACAAUCAAUCUCCAAUCAGAGGAGACUGUCGCCCUGUGACUCCAGGGCGACU